GACUUCCCUUCAUUAGCAAACUAGAUUCAGGAUUGCACUGCGUUUACAGUAAAACGGGUGCUUCUAGCGCCAAACAUGUCUGUUAGACAUGCUAUAGGCCGUGGGCUGGAGCUGGGACGCUCGGUACUGCAGCUCGGGCUUCUGAAACCAGCGGCCCGGGUUGCAGCUAAGUUCCGAGGAGAGCGACUCAGGCUAAGCCAAACCUCCAGCCGAGUACAGCCUCAGACUUUCCUGCCGGGUCGUUAUCGGUAUUACCGAGUGUCUCUCAGCGGGCUUGCGGCUCAGCUGCAGCGGCGGGUGUUCUGGAGGAUUCCCAGUUCGGGCUCCCCCAGGAACAGAGCUGUGUUUUUGGCUUUCGGGGUAGGCUUGGGUCUUAUUGAACAACAGCUGGAAGAAGACAGAACGGUCGUUACGACAUGUCAGGGAAUUCAGGCACUUUUCCAUAACAAGGCAAAGAAACAUGAAAGCCCACUAAAGCCCUUCACCACCGGCUACAAACUGGAGGAUUACGUCAUUGGACAGCAGAUUGGGAAAGGCUGUAACGCUGCAGUGUACGAGGCUACUGCUCCAUUCGCUGCCCCCUGGAAACCUGAGCAAGUCCAUGUGCAGUCACCCCCCAGGGGGGAAGCGCUCCUGGACACCGGCCUCACUCUGACAAGCCGUCCAGCUCGGCUCCCGCUGGCUGUGAAAAUGAUGUGGAAUAUCACGGCAGGAUCUUCCAGUGAGUCUCUCCUGAGAGCCAUGGGUCAGGAAUUGGUUGCAGCUCCUCCAGUUGCUAUGAGCAGAGAGAGAGGAACAGCUGCACUAAAUGGGCAAUUUGGCUGCAUCAGGAAGAAGCUGGAGCCUCAUCCCAGUGUAAUCCAGGUUUUCCGCGCUUUUACUGCAGAUGUGCCUCUGCUACCUGGUGCCUGGGCUGAUUAUCUUGAUAUGCUGCCUGCCAGAUUGAAUCCAGAUGGCAUCGGACACAACCGCACCCUGUUCUUAGUAAUGAAGAACUACCCCUGCACUUUGCGGCAGUCCCUGCAAGUUUCCCUUCCUGACAACAGGGAGGCGACUCUGCUGAUUCUGCAGCUGCUAGAAGGAGUGGAUCAUCUGAACAGACAAGGAAUCGCUCACAGAGACUUCAAAUCUGACAACAUCCUGCUGGAGCGUGAUUCAGUUGGCUGCCCACGCCUGGUGAUCACAGAUUUUGGCUGCUGUCUGGCUGAGCAACACUUGUGGUUGAAGCUACCCUUUAACAGCUAUGGUGUCGAUCGGGGUGGAAAUGCUUGCCUCAUGGCACCUGAAGUAAGUACUUCAUACUUUGUCCCAGGUCCUGGUGUUGUUAUUGACUACAGCAAAGCAGACGCCUGGGCAGUGGGUGCUAUUGCCUAUGAAAUCUUUGGGCUGCCCAACCCCUUCUAUACUGCAGGCCCAGAGGGACUAGAGAGCAGGACUUACCAGGAGAAGCAGCUCCCCCCGCUGCCCAGCACUGUGCCUCCUGAAGCUCGGCUUGUGGUAAAACUGCUGCUGCGCAGAAAUGCAAACAAGCGCCCAAGUGCUAGAGUUGCUGCCAAUUUGCUCCACAUUUGUCAGUGGGGUGGAAAUCUCCAGAAUGUGGACAGAAUGAAGAUGCAGAAGAUUGCUGACUGGCUUCUGUGCCGCUCCGCUGCUGCACUGCUGCAUGCUGGGUACAAUGCUGGAAACAUGGUGGAGGCGGAGCUGCAGAGAAACUUCCUCUCCAAUGUUGACUUGGGAGAGCUGCGAAUGGCCAUGGCUUUUCUGAGCUGCGAAUGGAUAAUGAGGGACUUGGUUUGCGUACAUUAGGAUUCAAAAUAUCUUUACAAACGUUUUAUUUUGAGGGCCAUAGAGUCUAAGGGUGUAUUCAUUAAGCUAUACCAGUUAAACAAGUAUUUUCUUGCAGGUAAACUUUAAACAUAGCCAGUGUUAAGUUGGUGUAUGAAAUUAUAAAAGUAUUUAAUUCUUGCAAUAACACUACUUAAGUAAUAUUAAAAGCAACUAAAUAAGUGUAACUAUGAUCGACUAGAAAUCGCAUUCAGUGUUUUCAAUGAAAAAUACUUCUAGUCCAAAGGUUUGUCAUUGAAUAUAUUUAGAUUUGUUUUAGUGCUUCCUGAUUUAGCACUGUUGAAUGUUUUAUCAUUUAUAGAUGGAAUAACAGUUAUACAUUUUUAAAUACAUUGUGUUUUGUUGCUUUGUCUAGAAACUGUCGUCUUGUUUCUUAUUUCUCAAUUAGAUUAUCUACAGGUCCAAGAAAAGAAAGAUCUGGGCUUGCCUCUCCGUCCACCAUCCCUAGUUUGCCUGUAGAGUACAUGCUCUUGUAUAUUUCACAAAGGCUUCUAGAAAUUCUAUUGAGGUAGCACAGGCCAUUAGUGUGCGAGUCUAGUAGACAUUCAGCCUGGUCAGUAUGGGGAAUGCAGGGCAGGGAACCUCUUUAUAGAGCACUUUACCAUUGUAAAGAGAAGCCAUUGCAAGUUCUCGUCGUGAAAGUCUAUUAAUAUAUCAUUUUAUUUUCCCAUCUGAUCAAUGCAAAUCCCCUCCUGUUCAAAACCAAGCUUUGGUGGAGUUUUUGGGAUACUUUGUCAGCAGUGAUUUAUAUUGAGUGAAGAAGAAACACUCCUCUCAACAGGACCAGACUGUAGGAGAUCUCCGGUUGUGCCCAGCUAUGCCAGUUAUUUGGAAGCCAUGAUUCAUAUCUAGCAUCACGUACAAACAACAUUUAAAAAUCUAUUAUAGAUAGAAAUGUUGAAGCAAAGUGUAGUGAAAAUGAAAGUGUUUUCAUGAAACUCCAUAGUAGAGAGAUGAACUAGGGAAUGCAGUUUGUUUGCAUUUUUUUAAUGGUUGAUCCAUAUGUAAUAACUUGGCUGUUUUUGUCAGUUUAAGUUUUCUCAGCCAAUGUAUAACAUGUGCAAAUAAACAUUCAUAAUUAUUGUUUCAUGCCUGUAUCCUGUUGGAGACAGUAUUUCCCAGCUUAAUAAAGUGGUUCUCCUAA